AUCUUUUUGUAUGGUCCAAACCACCUUCACUCUCACUGCCACCUUUGUUGAACUGGGCAAAGUGAAAAGCAGAGCAAUCAUCAUCCACUUUUGUUUCUACCACUGGCAGCUUACCUCUACUUACCCAUGUAAAGCUGGGCUCUUUGGGUUAUGCGUUUUCCUGCUAGGCGACUUUCCAGGUGUUACCAUACGAUAUCCUACUAACAAGUUGCUGCGCUUUUAUAAACAUCUGGUUUUAUUUUUUAUUCUUAUUUUUCAGGGACGGAGGGAGGGUGUGUCUCUGCACAGUCACACUUGAGAGAGCAU